AUGGAAGCUUCACAGCGGCGGCGGCGAUUUCAUAGUCAUCACGAUGGCUUAAGCUGCUCUCCAUGGCUUCAAACCACUCUUUCCGAGCUGGAUAAGAAGACAAAGGCAAUGCUAAAAUUGAUCGAAGAAGAUGCGGAUUCCUUUGCCCAACGUGCCGAAAUGUAUUGCAAGAAAAGGUCCGAGCUGAUUGGCUUGGUGGAAGAUCUCUACCGAACUCACCAUUUGCUUGUCGAGCGGUACGAUCGAGCCAAGUUCAGCCAUGAAACUCAUGUUGUAACAACACUAGGAGCAUCAUUUCGUUCCAUGAAGCACAUGUCGGAUAAAGCCUAUGAUAGCUGCUCCGAUACUGUGGAUUUUGAAGACUAUGUCGAAUCUGAAGUUGAUGACGCUGAAAGCCAACAUAAAUACAAUAUGAAUAUAAUAAAUGAAGAAGUAACGAUGAAGUUAAGGGAAGAAGUGGAGAGAUUGAAAAAAGAUAACAAGAAAGUGAAGGCUCAAUUAUUGGGGAAAGAUGAAGAAAAGAGACAAGUGAUUAGGAAAUUGAGUUUGGCCAUUAAAGUGCUCAAGGAUGAGAAUAUGAAGCUUAAAAAACUUAAGGAAUCCCUAAUGAAAUGGGAAUUCAGCAAAUUAAAGGAAGGAAUUUUUGGGAUGUUGUUCAGUGGAUCCCUGAAGUGAAAGUCUCAUGUUACUGUUAUUGUUGUUGUAUAG